AUGCAAACCAAUCACAAGCCAUCCUUUUGUAACACACGAAAAAGCAAGUCGGGCGGUCUGGGUACGCUGUCGAAUGAUGGCCAGCUCAUCGCGCUUUUGGCUGUCCGGAACGAUGCUCCGCGUUUGUUGCCACGGCAACCGAGCUUGGUAGCGUCGUGGCGUGACGUAAAGGUGCAGCGGGGGUCCAGACCUGGCCACGGCGGUUGGUCAAACAAAGGCAUUUUGAUCAUUAAUCAACACUAG